AUGUCUAAACAGGAAGAAGCUUUAUUUACUGAUGAACGUCUUGAAUGGCUUAAGACAAAGUUAGUCUUAGGUCUUUCAUUGACAGAUGUUCCACGCGAACAAUUUGUCGAAGUUCUUACAAAAUUCGAAUUAGCUGACUUCCUAAAUGGCAAAACAAAUAGAACUGCAAUAAUUUUCAGCGCCGUUGAUAGAACAGAAACUAUCGAAAAUGACGAAGGAAAGGAAGAAGAGGAAGAAGAAGAACCUUCCGAACCUCCUAAAGAAGGCGAAGAAAAGCCAGCAGAAGGUGAAGCUCCUGCAGAGGGAGAAGCUACAGACAAGCCAGCUGAAAAGCCUGCUGAAGAAAAACCAGCAGAUCCACCAGCUGAACAAGCUCCACCUGCAGAGAAGCCAGCUGAAGCAGCAGAGCCACCAGCGGAAGGUGCUCCUGCCGAAGGCGCUCCACCAGCUGAAGGCGAAAAGAAAGAGGAGGAAGAAGAAGAGGAAGAAAAACCUCAAGCUAACAAACAAUUAGAAGUUCACGUUACUGAUUUAACAUUUUACUUCGAUGAAAUACCAUCACUGCCAAAUGAUGCACGUGUUAUGGCUUUCUACAGUCUCGUAGGACCACGUAGAUCAAUUCCUCGUGAUCCAAAGAAAAUCGAAAAGUGUUUCUCAUACCAGGUCAUUCCAGGUAACUGCCUCGAAGGCCUCUCUCUUUCUCUUAACAGUGUCUACAAACUUGUUUUCUCAACUCAAUGCGAUGCUCCACCAGAACAUCCAGAGUCUGAUCCUCUGGCAGCUGGUGUCGAUGCUGAUUUCCUUUCAGUAUUCAGCAAGUUUGUCGAUGAAAUCAAUCACUCUGUAACGAAAUUACAAACAAAACACGAUAUUAAAUUCCCAACAAUUUCUCAGGGUGAUCCAGCACGCCUCGCUCAAGAUGAGAAAUAUUGCGCUGAACUUGAUCAAGCACUCGAUUCUUACAUUACAUUAAUUUCUCGUACAAUCGAUACUCUUACAAAGCAACAGCCAUCAUCACCAGGCCCACUCGCUGAAGUCGAGCUCUGGAGAUCUCGCUAUAUUACAUCAUCAUCUCUUCUCGAACAAUUACAUAAUCCAGUAAUUCCGGAGAUCAUCAAGAUUUUAGAGCACAUCGAUUCACAAGCUGUUCCAAACUUCGCUACACAGAUGGAUGAACUUGACAGAUAUGUCAAGGAAGCAAAGAGCAACGUUGAAUUCCUUUCUCUCUUAGAAAGACACUUCAGAAACCUCGAAACAGCUCCACUUCAAACAGUCUACAACUCAAUUCCAUCAAUCAUGGACUCUCUCCGUUUGAUCUGGAUCACAUCAAAUUAUUAUAACAAUGAUACAAUCAUGCCACCACUUAUCGAGCGUAUUUCCCAGCAACUUUGCGACCGUGUACAAGCAGAAAUCAAGACAUCCAUGCUCCAUGGACCUCUUGACAAAGCAAUUCAACAUACAAACACAGCUUACAUGGUUUUGACACACUGGCACGAGAGAUUCAACGAGACACGUGCUCUCAUCGAAAAGUCCAACCACAUUCCUCGUUGGGACUUCGAAGUUUCCCGUCUUUUCGAGAGACCAACUUAUAUCCACGAACGUUGCCGCGAAUUAAUCAACAUUGCUCAGAAGUUACAAGAGCUUUACCUCAUUCUCGGCCCAGAGCUCAAGUCCGUUACCAACAAUCCACGUGUUAUCGAUGAAACUCGCGAACAAGUUGACAAUUUAGUUUCCGCACUCGAUCCAUUACCAUACGAAAUCUUCGAUAAGAGGCUUAGAUCCGCCUGGGAAGGUUCCUACUCCCGUUUCCUCAGUGGUCACAACAAGAUUCAGGAGCAAUUAACACAGCUCAUCAAUACAUCAUUCAAAGACCUUCGUAGCUCCGAAGCUGGUCUUGAUUUACUCGACAGAUUCAAGAAAGUACAGCUUGCAGGCGACAUGAAGGCCCAAAUGGACACAAAGUACACAGAUGUCCUUGAAAAGUACUCAGAAGAAGUCACAGCGAUUGAAGAGCUCUACAACACACAGUGGGCCAAUCCACCGAUCCUUCCACACCAUCCACCAGUUACAGGACGCAUUUCCUGGGCACGUUCUCUCUUCAUCCGCAUGAAGAAGCCAAUUCUCAGACUCAGAAUGCAUCCACAGAUCACUUCCGCUGCUUCUUACAAGGAUGUCAAGGAUCACUACACGAAAGUUGCCAAGUUGAUCGACAAGAACAACCAGCAAGUCUUCAACGAGUGGAACUCCAAGACAGAGUCCAUCGCAAGGACAGCUCUAGAGAAGCCAAUUCUCAGAACAACAAAAGGAAAACUUUACAACACUGAAAUUGUAAAGCACUUUGUAAACUUCGAUCCAUCACUUCAACAGCUGAUCAACGAAGCAAAGCAUCUCGAGCGCAUGGGCUACAAGCUCUCCUUGGAUGUUGUCAACGUUCUCCUCCAGUAUCCUCACUACAGGAAACUCCAGAGACUUCUCGAGACAAUGCUCGCUGAUUGGAACCAAACACUCAACUCAAUAAACGCUGAUGAAGUUCCAAUCAUCACUGGCUGCAUGCACGCUGUCGAAGAAGUAUUUUCUGAUGGUGCUUCCUAUCUCAACUGGAACUCUCUCGGUGUCCAUGAAUUCCUUGGCCGCUGCCAGAGAGCAAUUCACCAGUUCAAGUCCGCUGUCAACUCUGUCUCCUCCAAUGUACAGAAGAUCAACAAGGCUGUCAAGUUCAUUGGUGACUGCUGCACUGUCCCAUCAAUGGUCAUGAAGUGCAGUGACCCAAUGCUCUUGUCUGACUUCGCAAACGCUGUCCAGGAAUAUCACUCUCAGAUGCAGAAAGAGAUUUUAUCUCAGUUCAUCGAUAUUCCACCUCAAUUACGUAUCAUCGAAGGUAACGCUUUAUCUGUUAUUUCUGUCAAUGAUAAAGCGACGAAGACAAAGAAUCCAAAGGCCAAAGACCAGACACAAAGCAUCAACAAGGCUCUCCAGGAAUACUACAUUCUUUGGGAGAACAGAAUUCUCAAUGCAUUGACAAGAUCAACACUUUUGUCAUUCAUCCAAUUAAAGAUGCUCAUUGAGAAGCCACAGUUCACUGUCGAAGCUCGUUUGGCACCACCAAAGAUUGCUUACACACCAGCAUUCGAUGGCAUCACAAAGAUCAUGACAAAACUUGUUAAAAUGAUCUUGACAACAGCGAAUGUCUGCUUGCAAUGGAAGGAAGGAACAUGCAUCAUUCCAUUACAGCAGCAAGGAAACGAAGACUCAGAAGUCGAGUUGAAACACUUCGGCAUGAGAGUCCAACAAAGUGCGAAAGUCAUGGAAUUGCACAACGACAUUCUUAAGAGCACAGAAGAACUCUGCAAGAAGAUCGAACAAGAAGCAGAGAAUUUCAACAAAUACCAGCCAAUUUGGAUUGAAGACAGAAAGACAAUCAUCGAACAAUUCAAGAACAAAGAUCCGACAAUUGCAGAAUUCGAUGCAAACCUCGCUAAAUACAGAAGUUUGUCAUUGGAAGUUGCAGCUCUUCCGCACAGCUGCGACAUCAUGUUUGCAACUGUCGAAUUCAAGCCAGUCAUCGAUUCAAUCAAAGCAGAAUGUGGACAAUGGCUCGCUGGUUAUGGCGGUGCUCUUUCUGAUAUCCUCAACUCAGAAGUUCAGGAGAUGGACGCCAACCUCACAAAGAUCGCGACGGACAUGAAGAAGGAGAUGAACGAACGUUCUGACCUCGAGUUCGUUCUCCAGACAAUCAACCAGGCACGCGAUAACUCCGUCAAUGUCGAAAGAACAAUGGACAACAUCGAAGAACGCGCAAGAACACUCACAUGCUACAACUUACCACAUCCAGAAGGUUCUGACGCAUUGAUUGCCAAGUUCAGACAGAGAUGGGUUGAUAUCAUGGCAGAGUCAAAGUCUCUUGAUGCUUCUUUGACAACAACGAAAGAAAAGUUCACACAACUCACAAAGGAUGAAGUUGAUGAAUUCAUCGGAAUCGUUCAGAAAUUCGCUGAGAAGUUCAACAACGAAGGUCCAGGAAACAACGACACACCAAUGGACCAAGGUCUUGAAUUGGUUAUUAAGUUCAAGCAAGAACUCAAAGACCUCACAACAAGAAGAGAUGAAUUGUAUCUCGCUGAGAAAUUGUUCGGAAUUGAUAAGACACCCUUCCCACAACUCACAAACAUCGGUGCAACAUUGAACAAUCUCCAGCAGAUUUAUCAGUUGUACGAUGACCAGACAAGAACAAUGAAUGAGUGGUCACAGAUGUUAUGGAGCGAAGUCGACAUCAACAUGUUAAUUAACGGUGUCGAUGGCUUCGAAGCCGCACUUAGGAAGUUACCACGUGAUCUCCGUGGUCUUCCUCCAUACGAAUACAUCAAGAACGAUCUCGCCAAGUUCAAAGAAUCACUUCCAAUCUUCCAGGAUCUCAAGAACGACGCACUCAGAGACCGCCACUGGUCAGAGAUGAUGGUCAAGACCGGCGCUGGCAUUGAUUUCAAGCCAAACGCUGUCACAUUGGCCAACAUUUUCAAGAUGAACCUCACACAAUUCGCUGAUGUCAUUGCUGAAGUUACAGUCACAGCCAUGAAAGAAUUGUCCAUCGAAAAAGGUAUCCAGGAAUUAUCCGAUACAUGGAACAAGAUGAGAUUCACAAUCCACGACUACAAGAGAACACCAACAUCAACAGAAGUCCGUGGUAUGAUUCUCUCAGGUAUCGAUGAAAUUCUUUCUGUUCUCGAUGAUAACAAGAUGAAACUCCAGACACUUUCAUCAUCCAGAUUCGUUGCUUACUUCUCACGCGCUGUCCACGAUUGGGAAGUCUUGCUUUCACAGAUCACAGAUUUAGUCCAAGUCUGGUUGCAAGUACAGCUCAAGUGGAUGUAUCUCGAGUCAAUCUUCAUUGGCUCAGAAGAUAUCAAGCAGCAACUUCCAGAAGAAGCAGCAAUGUUCAAAGGAAUUGAUGAAAAGUGGAACAGAUUAAUGCAGGAAACAAAGAAGAACACAUUAAUCAUCUACGCAGCCAAGCAACCAGAUAGAUUGAACACAUUACAGCACCUCGCAACAUCACUUGAUAAGUGCCAGCGCUCUCUUUCUGAUUAUCUCGAAACAAAGCGUUGCGCGUUCCCACGUUUCUUCUUCAUUUCCGAUGAUGAAUUGCUUUCCAUCCUCGGUUCUGGUGAUCCAACAUCCGUCCAGCAGCACAUGAUCAAGUUGUUCGAUAACUGCGAGUCCCUUAUCUUCAAGCAGUCUCGUGGCUCAACAAACGCAACAGGUAUGAUCUCAUCAGAGAAGGAACAAUACGAGUUCAGAACACCUGUUCAAUGCGAAGGCGCCGUCGAAAACUGGAUGCUUUCAAUCGAACACGAGAUGCAGACAACACUCCAUCAGAUCAUGAAAGAGUCAGUUAUCGCAUAUCCAAAGUCAUCACGUACAACAUGGAUCAUGAACUACAUCGGUAUGUGCGUUCUCAUGGUUUCACAGAUUUGGUGGACAUACGAAGUCGAAGAUGCUUUCAGACAAGUCAGAGCAGGAAACAAACUCGCCAUGAAGCAGAUGAGACAGAAAUUGAUCAACCAAAUCACAGAUAUCGUCGGAUUGGUCAGAUCUAACCUCGACAGACAAUCACGUCUUAAGAUCAACACAUUGAUCAUCGUCGAUGUCCACGCCCGUGAUUUAGUCGAUGGCUUUGUCAGAGAUUCAAUCCUCGAUGCCAGAGAAUUCCAGUGGGAAUCACAACUCAGAUACUACUGGGACCGUGCUGCAGAUGAUGUCUCCAUCAGACAGUGCACAGGCACAUUCCAGACAGCCUACGAAUACAUGGGUCUCAACGGCCGUCUCGUCAUCACUCCUCUUACAGACAGAUGCAUCAUGACACUCACACAGGCUCUUUCCAUGGGCUUCGGCGGUUCUCCAGCUGGUCCAGCAGGUACAGGCAAGACAGAGACAGUUAAGGAUCUCGCCAAGGCCAUGUGCAGAUUGUGCAACGUUUUCAACUGCGGUGAAGGCUUGGAUCACAAGGCUAUGGCUAGAAUCUUCUCAGGUCUCGUCCAGACAGGUGGCUGGGGAUGCUUCGAUGAAUUCAACCGUAUCGAACCAGAAGUUCUUUCCGUUAUUUCCGGCCACAUCAGAAUCAUCCAAUCCGCUGCUAAAGCUGGUGUCAGACAGUUCGUUUUCGAAGGCAGAAAGAUCCCACUCAAUCCAAACUUCGGUAUCUUCAUCACAAUGAACCCAGGUUACGCCGGCCGUUCCGAACUUCCAGAUAACUUGAAGGCUAUGUUCAGACCAGUCGUUAUGGUCGUCCCAGAUAAAGAACUUAUUUGCGAGGUUAUGCUCUUCUCAGAAGGUUUCGAAACAAACACACACAUGCUCGCAAGAAAGAUGAUCACAAUCUACGAAAUGGCUGCCGGUCAACUCUCAAAGCAGCACCACUACGACUGGGGUCUUCGUGCUCUUAAGUCCGUUCUCAGACGUGCUGGUGAACUCAAGCGCGCAAACGUUGAAAUGAGAGAAGAAGUCGUCUUGAUGACAGCCAUCAGAGAUAUGAACAUGCCAAAGUUCAUCUUCGAAGAUGCUCCUCUUUUCGUUGGCUUGCUUAAUGACCUCUUCCCAGAUGUCGAACUCGAGCCAAUCCACCAUCCAACACUCUCAGAAAAGACAGCUGAAAUCUUCAACGAAUUGUCCUAUUCAAAGAUGACAGAAGAAAUGGACAAAGUCGUUCAGCUUCACGAAACAAUGGGUGCAAGACACACAUCAAUGGUUGUCGGUGGAACAGGCGGUGGCAAGUCUGUCAUCAUCGACGUUUUGUCCAAGGCACAAACAAGACUUGGAACACUCACAAGACUCUACACAAUCAAUCCAAAGGCAUGCACAGUUCAAGAGCUUUACGGUGUCUUGGAUCCAACAACACGUGAUUGGAAGUGGGGCUUGUUCUCAAAGAUCUUCAAGAACAUCAACCAGGCAACAGACAAGAAGGAAGCCAGAUACAUCGUUUUCGAUGGUGAUGUCGAUGCUGUUUGGGUCGAAAACAUGAACUCCGUCAUGGAUGAUAACAAACUUUUGACACUUGCUAACUCAGAACGUAUUCGUUUGAUGCCACACUGCGCUUUGCUUUUCGAAGUCGGCAACUUGCAAUACGCUUCUCCAGCUACAGUUUCUCGUUGCGGUAUGGUUUUCAUGGAUCCUCGCAACCUCGGAUUCACUCCAUACUACGAGAGAUGGCUCAGAAUGCACAAGCGCGCCGAGAUUCCAAUUCUCAACGGCCUCUUCGAGCGCUACGUCACACCAUGCGUCAACUUCAUCCUCGGAAAGGUCAGCGACCAAGGCACACAACCACCACUCCAGACAAUCAUCCCUGUCACACCAUUGAACAUGGUUGCACAGCUCUGCACAAUCAUCGAGGCACUUUUGCCACCAGAAUCACAGGAACUCAAGGACGCCGAAGUCAUUGAGUCCCUCUUCAUCUUCGCUAUCAUUUGGUCUCUCGGUGGCCAACUCGUCGAAGAUUCAAUGCUCAAGUUCGACCAGUUCGUCAAGCGCCUCUCCAACUGGGUUGUCAUCGAUGCACCAGGCCGUUAUGCAAAGGCUGGCCAGUUACCAGGUACAUCACCAACAUUGUACGAGUUCGAGUUCAACAUCGAACAGGCACAAUGGGUUCCAUGGGCAGCAAGAAUCGGCGGCUACGAGAUCCCUGUUGGUGCUCCAUUCAACUCCAUCAUUGUUCCAACAGUCGACACAGUUCGUAACCAGUUCUUGCUCCAGGCAAUUGUCUCCAAGGUCCACAGACCACUUUUGUUUGUUGGUAAGUCCGGUACUGCAAAGACAGCCGCUGUCCAGAACUUCAUGUCCAACUUGGAUCAGGACGCCUUCAUGACAAGAACACUCAACUUCUCCAACUGCACAACAUCAAUGGAUGUUCAGAUGUCUCUUGAAGAAAACUUCGAUUACCCAACAAAGGAUUCCGCUGUUCCACAAGGUGGCAAGGACAUGAUUUUGUUCAUCGAUGAUGUCAACAUGCCAACAGUCGAUAUCUACGGUACACAGCAGCCAAUCGCUUUGCUCAAGCUUCUCAUUGACAGAGGAGGCAUGUACGAGCGCGGUGGCGAUCUCAUUUGGCGCCAUGUCAACAAGGUUUCAUACAUCUCAGCCAUGGCUCCUCCAGGUGGUGCCCGUGCGAUGUUGGAUCCACGUUUCACAUCAUUGUUCAACAUCAUCCACGUCAUUUCUCCAUCUGAUGAAUCACUUCACCACAUCUUCAACACAAUCAUGAACCACCACACAAGGAACUUCUCAGAAGAAAUCCAGCACGCAGGAAAGACAGUCAUCGACGCAACAAUCACAUUCUACGAGGACAUUGUUGCUAAGUUGCCUCCAACACCAUCAAAGUUCCACUACUUGUUCAACCUUCGUGAUCUUUCAAGAGUUUUCGAAGGUAUCUGCAAGUCAACACCAUCCAAGUUCCCAACACUCGGUCCGUUCAUCCACUUGUGGCGUAACGAGUGCCUUCGUGUAUUCCACGAUCGUCUUAUCAACAUGGAUGACAGAAACUUCGUAAUGAACAAAGUUGAGUCUCUUAUCGACAUCCACUUCCCAAGUGUCAGAGACGAAGCCCUCGCCAAUCCAUCCUUAUUCGGUGACUUCAUCAACGAAGGUGGCGAUGGACCAGCCAUUUACCAGGAUCUCAAGGGAUACGAGCCACUUCUCAAGCACUUCACAGAACUCCUUGAAGAUUACUCCAUCGCGAAGAAGACAACAUCCAACCUGAUCUUGUUCAACUACGUUAUCGAGCACUUGACACGUAUCUUGAGAAUCAUCAGAACACCACGUGGUAACGCUCUCUUGAUCGGUAUCGGUGGUUCUGGUAAGAAGUCUCUCACAAGAUUGGCUGCAUUCGCUGCUGGCUACGAUGUCUUUGAAAUCACUCUCACAAGAACAUACAACGAGAACGAUUUCAGAGAAGAACUUCGCAAGCUCUACAAGAUGGUCGGUGUCGAACGCAAGCAGGUCGUCUUCCUCUUCUCAGAUGCACACAUCGUCAACGAAGGCUUCCUCGAAAUCGUCAACAACAUGCUCACAUCCGGUGUCGUUCCAGCUUUGUUCGAAUCCGAUGACAAGGAGCAAUUCUGCUCAGCUGUCAGAGAAGAUGUCAUCAGAAUGGGUCUAUUCGAUUCACCAGAAAACUGCUGGAGAGUCUUCAUCGACAGAUGCCGUGAUAACCUCCACAUCGUUCUCUGCUUCUCUCCAUCAGGCGAUUCACUCAGACGCCGUUGCCGUGACUUCCCAGGUCUCGUCAACAACACAGUCAUCGACUGGUUCGAUCCAUGGCCAGAGGAGGCUCUUACAGCUGUCGCAAAGCACUUCCUCGAGGAAGAAGCCGCUCUCAUCCCAGAGAACAUCUUCCCACAUGUCGUUGCAAACAUGGUUCUCACUCACGAACAGGUCGUUAAAUCGGCCAUUCCAUUCUCAGCAAUCGCAAGAAGACCAGUCCACAUUACUCCAACAAACUUCCUUGAUUACAUCUCAACAUUCCGCAAACUCCUCGUCCAGAAGAACCAGUACAACAAGCAGCAGAUCCAGAUGCUUGGUGAAGGUCUCGAAAAGAUCAUCCACUCCGCACAAGAAGUCGAAGUCCUCAACGCCAAGUUCAAGACACAACAAGCUGGUUUGCAGAAGAUCAUCAAGGAGAACGAACAGUCCCUUGAAGAAGCAAACGCUGCUAAAGCCAAGUCAGAAGAACUCAUGCAACAGGCUACAGUUAAGAAGAAAGAAAACGAAAUCAAGUUGAUUGAAAUCAACGAAAAGAACAAAGACGCACACGCAGCUCUUGAAGAAGCUCAGCCAAUUCUCAUCGCCGCCCAAGAAGCAGCCAGUAACAUCAAUCCUAAGGAAUACGCUGCCUUCAAGUCCAUGAACAAACCAUCCGCAAUUGGUGAAGAAAUUGGUAACUUGAUCUGCGCACUCUUCAACGAUGGCCCAGGCCAGGAAUCAUGGGAAAAGGCUAAGCAUUACAUGGCUGAUCCAGCAUUCCUUCAGAAGAUGAAGCUCUACAGCGUCAGAGAACGUUGCAAGAACAAGAAGAAGAUGGACCGUGUCGCUCAAUAUUUGGCUCCUCUCAAGUCCAACCCAGAAUCAGUCCACAAGGCAGGUGUUGCUAUUGAACAACUCUUCAACUGGACAGUCAACAUCUACGCUUACUAUGAGGCCGAUCAGAAGAUCAAGCCACUCGAAGAUACAGCCCACCAAAUGGAGGAAGAACUCGAGGCAUCAAAGGCAGAGCUCAAGAGAAUCGAGGAUGACCUCCAGAAGGCCAUGGCCACACAAAAGGCUGCUAUUCACCAGCUCGAAGUUGGUAAGCAGAAACAGGAAGAGAACCAGAGAUCACAGGAUAUCUUGGAAGCACGUCUUGAUGCAGCUAAGCGUCUUACAUCUGGUUUCGCAUCAGAAAAGGUCAGAUGGGCAGAAGACCAAGAGAACUUCAAGAAGCAGCUCGAGUCAGUUGUCGGUGAUUCAGUUCUCGGCGCUGCCUUCCUUUGCUACUUAGGCCCAUUCAACCAACAGUACAGAAACCAGCUUUUGUACGACACAUUCAAGGCAGAUCUCAUCGAGAGAGGUGUCCCAGUUACACCAGACUUCUCUCUUCAGAACUUCCUUUCCGACGAAGCAGAAAUCUUCGGCUGGAGAGGCGAAGGACUUCCUGCCGAUGAACUUUCCAUCCAGAACGCUCUCCUCAUCACAAGAGCAAACAGAUUCCCACUCUGUAUCGAUCCACAAAUGCAGGUCGUCAGAUGGAUCAAGCAGCACCAAGGAAACUCAUUGCAUUCAACAAACUUCCAGGAUCCAGAAUUCUCCAGACACAUCGAAAACGCUCUUUCCCUCGGCUCAGGCGUUCUCUUCGAAGGUAUCGAUGAAUUCAUCGAUCCACUCAUCACACCAAUUCUCGAGAGACACGUCAUCACACAGGGCUCAAGAAAGAUCAUCAAGUUCAACGAUAAAGAUCUUGACUACGAUCCAGAUUUCAAGCUCUUCAUGACAACAAAGUUGACAUCACCAAACUAUUCACCAGAAGUUUCCUCUUCUGUCGCCAUUGUCAACUGCUGCGUCACAGAGCAAGGUCUUCAGGAGCAGCUCCUCGACAUUGUCAUUGAGAACGAGCAGACACAAUUGCACCAGAAGAAGACAUCCCUUGUCAAGGAGACAUCCGACAACAAGCGCCGUCUUCAGGUCCUCCAGAGAACACUCCUUAAGUUGCUUUCAGAGUCACAAGGCGAUAUCACUGAGAACGCACAGCUUCUCGCAACACUCGAAGAAACAAAGACAGAAGCUGCUGAUAUUUCAGUCAAGCUCGAAGCAGCUCAGAAGACAACAGUCGAACUCGAUGCUCUCUACAACGAGUACCUUCCAGUCGCUCGCCGUGGUUCUGUUUUAUUCUUCUCAAUGAACAACUUGUCUUCAAUCAACACAAUGUACGAGUACUCACUUGCUUCAUUUAGCGAAGUCUUCUUGAACUCAUUGAAGACAUCAUCUCCAACAACAGUCAUCUCCAAGAGAAUCACAAACAUCUUGGACCACUUGACAAAGAACGUAUUCGAGUACGUCUUGACUGGUUUGUUCGAACGCCACAAGCAAAUGUACGCAUUUCACAUGUCCCUUUGCAUUGCCAGAGAAGCCGGAAAGGUCGAUCCAGAUACACUCGACUUCCUUCUCAAGGGUAACAUCGCUCUCGAGAAAUCCGCUUCACCAAAUCCAUUCCCACAGUGGUUACCAGACCAAGGCUGGCAGGAUCUCCAGAAGAUUGUCACUGUUAACCAGGUAUUCUCCACAUUGAUUGACGAUCUCAGCGAGAACGAGGAAGAGUGGAAGAACUACUACAACGAUCCAACACCAGAAGCAGCUGGAAAGUUGCCAAUGGGAUACCACGACAAACUCGAUCCAUUGCAGAGAAUGGCCGUCUUGAGGUGCUUCAGACCAGACAGACUCUUCCUCGCUUCGAGAGAGUACGUCCAGUCAACAAUGGGACCAAACUACCUCAAGUUCCCAAUUCUCUCUUACAAGUCACUCUACGAACAGUCCACACCAACAGCCCCAGUCCUCUUCAUCCUCAGCCCAGGUGCAGGCCCUGCUUCCGCCUUGUACAAGCUCGCAGAAGAGCUCGGCAUCACAGGCGACGAAUCAGCGGCCACAGCACCAGGCGGACAGCCAAGACAGAACAACGUCAAGUCAAUCGCUCUUGGCCAAGACCAGGAAGAACCAGCCAGACAGAUGCUUGUCACUGGUGCUUCCCGCGGUCACUGGGUCAUUCUCCAGAACUGCCACCUUUUGACAUCAUGGCUCAGAGAACUCGAAAAGCUCGUCGACAAGGCCACACAGCGUCCUAACCCUAACUUCAGAUUGUGGCUCACAUCAGACCCAACAAACAGAUUCCCUGUCGGUCUUCUUCAGAGAGCCAGAAAGGUCGUCACAGAACCACCAUCUGGCCUUCAGUUGAACAUGGAGCAGUCAUUCAACACAAUCACAGAGGAACAGUUCGAAGAAUGCCCACACUUCGCAUUCCAGCCACUUGUUUAUGUCCUUGCCUUCUUCCACGCUGUCGUACAAGAGAGAAGACAGUACGGAAAGAUCGGAUGGAACGUUCCUUACGAUUUCAACCACUCCGAUUUCACUGUCUCAAUGAAGUUGAUGUCAACAUACCUCACAAAGGCAUUCGACAACAAGGACACAUUGAUUCCAUGGGGCUCACUCAGAUACCUGAUUGGAGAAGCCAUGUACGGCGGCCGUGUUACAGAUGAUUUCGAUCGCCGCAUCCUCAUGACUUACUUGGAUGAGUACAUGGGAGACUUCUUGUUCGAUGAAUUCCAGGUCUUCCACUUCUUCAAGAACAACGAGCGCUCUUACGAUCUUCCAAAGGCUCACGGCCUCCAGGAGUACACAUUGGCCAUUGGAACAUUACCUCCAAUCACAACACCAGAUGUAUUCGGCCUCAACGUCAAUGCAGAAAUCACUUUCUACCAAGACGCAUCAAGAGACAUGUGCCAGAACCUCAUGAACAUCCACUCCUCAAGCAUGAGCACAUCAGGCGGUGUCUCAAGAGAAACACAGGUCGCAGCAACAGUCACAGAAAUCCAGCUCAAGCUCAAGCCACCGUUCAAUUUGAAUGAAGUCAGAGCUUCAUUCGGCGCCGAAACAACUCCAGUACAAAUUGUUCUCAUCCAAGAACUCGAGCACUGGAACAAGUUAGUUUCAGUCAUGUCUGUUUCACUCGCUGAAUUACAGCGCGCCAUCGCUGGUGAAGUCUCAAUGUCCAACGAAUUGGAGCAGCUCAUGAACUCCAUCUAUCUCGGCAGAUUGCCACAGUCAUGGGCCAAAUACGCUCCAGAAACAGAGAAAUCUCUUGCAAACUGGUUGUUGCACUUCCAGAGAAGAUACGAACAGUACGAAGACUGGUACAAGAACGGUGAGCCAAAGGUCAUGUGGCUCUCCGGAUUGCACGUCCCAGAAGCUUAUCUCACAGCUCUUCUCCAGACAGCUUGCAGAUCUAAGGGAUGGCCGUUAGAUAAGGCUACUCUCAUGAUCACUGUUUCAAGCUACCAGAAGGCAUCACAAGUCAUGCAGAAGCCGGCACUCGGCUGCUACAUCUCAGGCAUGUACUUGGAAGGCGCUUCCUGGGAUAUGGAGAAGAGAUGCUUGGUUCUCCAGAGACCAAAGGAACUCGUCAUGGAGUUGCCUUUGCUCAAAGUUACUCCAAUGGAAAUGAACAAAGUUAGAACUCAAAACAUGCUCAGAACACCAAUCUACAAUACUCAGAAACGCCGCGAUUCGAUGGGCGUUGGCUAUGUCACAACUGCUUACUUAGAAACAACAGAACAUAGAUCAUUCUGGAUAUUGCAAGGUGUCGCAAUUACAAUGAAUAUUCGAUAA